AUUCUCUUUUAUGACCCGGCAAGUGGUGCUCCCCUCUUGGAUGAAUAUCAUCAGCAUGCCUCAUGGUUUCCAUUUCAUUUGAAAGAGAAUCCCGACACAUAUCCGUAUAUGUAUGUUUCGGAGACAUUGGUAACGUUGUUCGGUAUUAAUUGCCUAUUUACUUGGGAUCAUAUUUACACUGUCACCGUGGCUCAAUUUAUUAUGCAUUUCGAAUAUGUCAAUACGGAAUUGGCGCGAUUAAAUGCUAAGGAUACCAUGGAGGGAUGGAGAAAGAGUAAGGAUUUUUAUAAGGAUCUGGUGGAGAUAAUCAAAUAUCAUCAGCAUAUAUUGAGAUUGGGUGACAAAUUGCGGAGCACUUUUAAUUUACCAUUAUUUCUCACCGAUCUUAUAAGUGGUGCCUCAAUAUGUUUUCACAUCUAUUUGAUAGCGAAUACGGAUGACAUAAUUGCCAUCACUUUGUUUAUAUUUCCCUGUUUUGUGCAGGUGGCAUUUGCAUUCGAUAAUUGUUAUCAGGGAUCAAGGAUUGAAAGUGUGACUACUAAUAUGAGUCAAGUGUUAUUUGAGCAGAAUUGGUAUGAUGCCACCAUAGAGUAUCGGAAAUUUUUAAUACAUUUCUUGCUAUUUGCCAGUCGACCAUUUACCCUGAGUGGGUAUAAUUUGUUUAGCAUUGAUAUGGUGCAUUUUCGAGUGACAAUGAUGAUUGCCUAUCGGAUGUUUACAUUUUUACAGGCUCGUGGAUCGAAAAUUAAAUGA